GGUCAUCUCAUCUGCAACGGGGGGGGCUGAAUCAGGCCACGUCCAAAAGCUGAAUCUCUCGACCCUGUUCUUUCUCCCCUAGCUAUGAAACCCCAGUUGUGCCAAACCCCACUUGUAUAUAACCUCGGUCUGAUCAGUCUCCUUUCCUCCGCUUUCUCACUGGCUCUAGCCCCGGUCCGAUGUCAAACCCUAGUUGCGAUUGCGGGAUUUGUAACCGGCACCAACAUUCAGCCUGUAAUCAGUCGAUUCCCCAAACCAAAAAAAGUGAAAAACCAAUCAGCAGAGAGAAAGAGAGUGCUCUGUUGUGCUUCAAUGGUAGCAGCGGUAUCUAGAGGACCGCGGAGCUAAUGAUUUCAUUCACCGCUUAAUGUUGCAACGACGUCAAUGGCUUCAUUGACAGUCGGAGAUGAGAAAAGAGAAUGUAUGAAAAAGAGAAAAAUAUUAUAAAGGAUAUUUUUGGAAUCUUUGAAACAUAAUACGAGAAGUUUUAGACAAUUAGUACAAAUGGAGAAGUUUUAAUCGAUUAACUAAACCAUGAACAUACUUUAAGAAAUUUGCCCUUUCAAGUGGGUAACGUGCGAAUGCGACUACGAGGAUAACCUGGAAUUCAACUUCUUGGGGCGUAUUUCGUGGACAGUGAUUGGAACUCGUGCUCUUAACUCACUUUGGGUCGCAUUUAUUUAUUUAUUUUUUUUAAGGCACUUUGCGUCGUAUUUUGAGAGCUUCAUAUUCAUUUACUCGCAUCACACAGGCCACAGCUAUGAACUCAUUUUGGGUACACAAGCGAAGGCCUUUCGCUGAAUUAAAUUUCGCUUUUUUUUUUUAAAUCUUUUCCCAUUAUUAGUUUUUGGUUGGAACUCCUGCCGAGUUGGUUGGAUCGAGACUUCGGAUUUGGAAGAGUCUAUUGAUGAUCUAUCAGACGAGUUCGUGGCGUUGCUGCGGAUUUUAGAGGGUCGGAACCCCAAUUUCUGCAUCUGUAGUGAGUUGUUGUUAUCUUCUCAACCAUGGAAUUCUCUGUGCCUGAGGAGUUAUUAGGAACUUUUGCACAAAUUUUCGUCUAUUGGCUUUAUUCCGGCAUUUGUUUCUUGUUGGGAUCCUUCGACAAUUACCGGCUGCACUCAAGGAAAGAUGAAGAUCUUAAGAACCUGGUCUCGAAAGGGACUGUUGUCAAAGCCGUUCUUCUUCAACAGAUAAUCCAGGCUAUUGUUGCAAUCCUCUUGUUCAAUGUAAAAGCAAAUGAUAAUGGAACAGCUACAUAUUUGACACCUUCCUUUGUUGUCCUGGCAAGACAAUUCUUGAUUGCAAUGCUGGUUCUAGAUACAUGGCAAUAUUUUACGCAUAGAUACAUGCACCAUAAUAAGUUUUUGUACCGGCAUGUUCAUUCUCAGCAUCAUCGGCUUGUUGUACCAUAUGCCUUUGGAGCUCUAUACAACCACCCUUUAGAAGGACUUCUAGGCACUAUAGGUGGGGCCCUAUCUUUCCUCCUAUCUGGUAUGUCAGCCCGAACUUCUAUCUUCUUCUUCUCCUUCGCUAUUAUCAAAACAGUGGAUGACCACUCUGGGUUAUGGCUUCCUGGGAAUCUCUUCCAUGUGUUCUUUAAAAACAACACUGCAUAUCACGAUGUUCAUCACCAACUUCGUGGAAGCAAGUACAACUUUUCACAGCCAUUCUUUGUCAUGUGGGAUAGAAUUCUUGGAACUUACAUGCCUUAUUCACUUGUAAAGCGAGAAGGUGGGGGAUUUGAAGCAUGCCCAACAAAUGGAAUCAAGGCUGAUUGAUUACCUUUUUAGAUCCUUUUUGUGUAACCACGGUGUACCUUGAAUCUUUUUGAAGAUCUGUUCUGUUAAUAAGCCAUAAUGUUUAUGUUGUUUGUAUAUAUGUAAUUUGUAGUUUGUACUUUAUUACUUAGUUUUGAAAAUUAACAAUGGAGUGAUGUAUCCUAUAUUUUGUUUA